GGCCGCCCCUCAGCACCAGCGAGAGGGACCGGCUCGCUCGCUUCCAGCCACGGCCCGCUCGGGUGAGGCCCUGCUCCCCGCCCCUUCGGGAGCGGCUUGCCGUCAUCAGGCUCAGCCGGGCGCCGAGGAGGUUGCGAAAGCCGAGUGGCUGUGAGGGGGGUGUGCGGGACCAUGACGUUCCAGUGGACCGCAGCGGCCACCUUCCUGUACGGGGAGAUCGGAGUGCUGCUGGUGCUCUGCCUGCCGUUCAUCUCCCCGCUGAGAUGGCAGAAGAUUUUUAUGAUUCCUCUAUGGAGCAAAAUGGCAGUUUUUUGGAACAAGAUGUUUCUUACAAUAAUAGUUUUGCUGAUCGUCUUGUUUAUUGAUGCUGUUAGAGAAGUUAAGAAGUACUCGGCUAUUCAUGUGAUGGAAAAGGCUGUAAAUGUCAAUGCCAAUGCCUUUGAUCAUAUUCAGAUGAAACUCUUCCGAUCACAAAGAAACCUCUAUAUCUCAGGUUUUUCCUUAUUUCUUUGGCUUGUACUGAGGCGUACUGUUACCCUUCUUACUCAGCUGGCAAAAGGAAUGGCAUCUCAUGCAGCUCUGGAAACACAAGUAAACGAUGCUACUGAAGCAGCCAAAAAAUACAUGUCUGAGAAUGAAAGGCUGCAAGAGGCCUUGAGUGAAAAAGGAAGUGAUAAAGAGUCAUCAGAAGUAAUUGAUGAGAAGUUGAAGAAGGAAGUUGAACAUUUGAAAGCAGAACUACAGAAGACCUCAAAUGCCCUCCAUAAGGCAAAUAAUGAAGUGAUUGCGGUUAAAAAGCAGUCUGAAGGCCUAAAAAGAGAAUAUGAUCAUCUGAUGAAAGAAUAUGAACGGCUUCAGAAGAGUUUAAAUGAAGCAGAAAACAAGAAGGAAAUGUAGGUGCAUCUAAGACUGGUGGCAUUGGUAUGAUUGCUUCAAUGUGAAAAGUCUUGUGCUGUUUAGUUACCUGAAGCAGAUCUGAAACACAACUUGAUUUUUCUGAAAAAUGGUCACUGUUCAGAUUCCUCUGAUGUAUCUUGGUUGCCAAAGUAUUCUGUGUUGCAAAUAAAAGAUUAAGUGGCUUACCCAGUUUACCAUGGAGUUUGUCACUGCUCUUGUGAGGAGAAACUUGAAAAUCAUUCAGUUCCAUCUGGAGCAACUUGACUGUUCUCCAAGCUUUUGCCUUCUGGAAGGGGUAACAAAUCAUGCACCAUUUGCUUGUAGCACUUCAGCGAGGUUGUAUAUUAUGCUAUAUCACAAAAACACGAUUACCUAAACCUCCUUUGCAACAUCUGUUUAGAGUCUUCAGAAAUUCGGGUACUGGUGAGUUGAAGAAGGCUGAAAGCUUUUCAUUAGCCAUUCCACUUCAGUGGAAAAUUGAAUGACAAUCAAUCAAAAAAAGAUAAAGAAGAAAGACUAUUUCUGGAUCAAUUUCACUAGUUUGUGCCUUUCACUUGGCCACAUGGAUGAGUGUAUAUUAACAACAUUUUGCAUGCCUCUGGAUUAUUUUUCUUUAUCAGUUUAUUUCAAUUUUCAUAACCAAAGUGUGGGAUCAGUUGAUAUUAACAUGCUGUAUUUUUUUACAUUGUUGACAUGUUUACUCUGUAUGUGCCACCUAACUUCUUUUGCCUUGCUAAGUAAAAAUUCUUUUUAAAUGUAGAUAGUUGGGUUUGUUUUGUUUUGUUUUCAUGGAUACGAUACCUCGAAUAAACGUGCACUGUUUUGCAUAAGCCCUUUCUGGCAUUCAGAAA